UUAAUCUAAUCCUUGCCUUACCGGGGUUCAAUUAUGUUAGAUAUAAGCAAAAACAAGGUUUUUGUGUGGAUAAAGGUUGUAUUGUGUAAUAGUGAGAUUAUGAGGCGUUUAUAUUUUGGGUUUUACGGUAGUUAACGGGGAGGAGCUGAACUUUCACAUCGGGAAGUUUAUAUUCACAUGUGGACGGUGUUUGUGUGUGUGUGUGUGUGUUUUAACACACAUCUAAUAACUGAUCAAACAUCAUGUCAUCAAGCAAGAAAGGCAAAGGGAAAAAGAGGCUGAGUGAAGGAGAAGGAGACAGAUCCGGGUCAAUCUGUGAUGAACCCGAUUCAUGUGUCUCGAGCGGCGGAUUAUCGGUUACAGAUUUCAUAGAGAGAGCGGAAGAUAAAGCCCCUCAGCGAUGGCGUUCAUAUCUGGCUCAGAUGAGUGUGAACACCAUGAAGACUCUGAACAUCUGUAUCGGACGUCCUAUCCUGAUCUCCAGCAGCGCGGGACAGCAGGAGGUGUGUGUGGCGUGGCCAACAUCUCAGUUCCCCGGCAGGCGUGUUGGUCUGCAGUCCAGCGUUCAGUCGAGUCUGAGAGUGAAGUCUGGAGAUCAUGUGACCCUGCAGCCCAUCACUGGAGCUGUGCUACAGGCUGAACACGUCCAGCUGAGCUUCAGUCCUGAAGACGGAGUGCUGAACACCGAAGAAUUCAGGAAUUAUCUUCUCCGGACUUUGGAUAGUCGUGUUCUGCUUCCGGGCGGCCGUGUAUCGGUGUCUUAUUUUGGGCGUAACUGUGUGAUCGGAGUGGAUUCGGUACGGGGUGUCGACGGAGAGACUCAGACAUCAGUGUCAGACGGAGCCGCUCUUGAUCUGUCGUCACAGCUAGAACAGCUCUCCAUCCAGCACAGUACACCAAACAGAUCACAUGACCCUUCACCCCUGACCUCUCAGCCUCCUUCGACACCCUGUAAACUGAGCAACCCUGUUCUCAGUCCGUCUGACCCUUCCUUCACCGACAGUCCUUUGCGUCUGUCUCCCCCUGCUGGACGCACAUCGACGGACACAUUCUAUACCGUCUGCAGCUCCACCACGCUGAGCAUCUCUGAGCCCGCCGAGCAGGAUGAGGGCGACGAAAGGUCAAAGGUUACGUACAGUAUGAUCGGCGGGCUCAGUGGUCAGCUGCAGGUCAUCAGGGAGACCAUCGAACUGCCGCUCAAACACCCCGAACUCUUCAAAAACUAUGGAAUCCCGCCUCCUCGAGGUGUGCUGCUGUAUGGGCCGCCCGGCACAGGGAAGACCCUGAUUGGACGAGCAGUAGCCAAUGAAGUGGGAGCUCACAUGAGCGUGAUCAACGGCCCCGAGAUCAUGAGCAAGUUUUAUGGAGAGACUGAAGCCAGACUGAGGCAGAUCUUCACAGAGGCCUCACAGAGGCAGCCUGCCAUCAUCUUCAUUGAUGAGUUAGAUGCUCUGUGUCCAAAAAGAGAAGGAGCACAGAAUGAGGUGGAGAAGCGGGUCGUCGCCACACUCCUCACACUCAUGGACGGGAUCGGAUCGGAGGGUCACAGCGGUCAGCUGCUGGUUUUGGGAGCCACAAAUCGUCCUCAUGCGCUGGAUCCCGCCCUGCGGCGGCCUGGACGCUUCGAUAAGGAGCUGGAGAUCGGCGUUCCUGACGCGAACGGCCGGAUGGAUAUCUUACAGAAGCAGCUGCGCUCCAUGCCAUGUGACGUCAGCGACGACGAGCUGCAGGAACUAGCCGAUGCGGCGCAUGGAUACGUGGGCGCUGAUCUCGCCGCCGUCUGCAAGGAAGCUGGUCUUCACGCACUGAGGAGGGUUUUAGGAUCCAGACCUGCUCUCUCUGACGUCCAGGUGAUGAACAGUGUAAAGGUCACGACCUCUGACCUGAGGCUGGCAAUGACUGAGGUCAAACCCAGUGCGAUGAGAGAGGUGGCCAUCGACGUGCCAAAGGUGCGGUGGAGUGACAUCGGUGGGAUGGAGGAGGUGAAGCUGGCGCUGAAGCAGGCGGUCGAUUGGCCCCUGCGGCACCCCGAGGCCUUCAGCAGGUUGGGUAUAACGCCACCUAGAGGCGUCCUGCUGUAUGGACCUCCAGGAUGCUCCAAAACCAUGAUCGCCAAAGCCUUAGCCAACGAGAGCCAGCUCAACUUCCUGUCCAUCAAGGGUCCAGAGUUACUGAGUAAAUACGUGGGCGAAUCAGAGCGAGCGGUUCGAGAGGUUUUCCGGAAGGCCAGAACAGUUGCUCCGUCUAUCGUUUUCUUUGAUGAGAUCGACGCGUUAGCAGUGGCGAGAGGAAGUUCUCCUCACGCGGGCGGCGUCGGUGAUCGUGUGCUGGCUCAGCUGCUCACCGAGAUGGACGGAAUCGAACAACUAAAAGACGUCACGGUUCUUGCCGCAACCAACCGACCUGAUAUGAUUGACAAGGCUCUGAUGCGUCCGGGUCGUCUGGACCGGGUCAUAUUCGUCCCGCUGCCGGACGCAGACACUCGCAGGGAGAUUUUCACGCUGCAGUUUCGGAACAUGCCCGUCCAUCCCAGCGUGCACCUGGAGGACCUGGUGACCCGGACGGAGCGCUACUCAGGGGCAGAGAUCACAGCUGUGUGCAGAGAAGCGGCUCUACAGGCGCUGCAGGAGAACAUCGCAGCCGAUCAUGUGACCGCCGGACACUUCCACGCCGCGCUGGACGCCGUCAGACCACGAAUCCCACAGUCACUCUUACAGUCGUACAUCAACUACCAGCGGGAACACGGCGGCUCACGCGUCUGACAACAACUGCACAAAUACACAAUAAACACACAUUUGACUAAA